UCUCCUUUCCUCCUCCAUCGUGCAGAGGACUCCUGACUUGGCUUCUCACCAUGUCUUCUCACAAGACUUUCAGAAUCAAGCGAUUUCUGGCCAAGAAACAAAAGCAAAAUCAUCCUAUUCCUCACUGGAUUCGUAUGAAAACUGGUAACAAAAUAAGGUACAACUCCAAGAGAAGACACUGGAGAAGAACAAAGUUGGGUCUUUGA